GAAAACAGCGGCUGCCAGGAAGGGGCGACGGGCGGUGGGAGGAAGGGUGGAUGGCUGCAGGGAAGGGAGGGGCAGGUAUAUAAGCGGCGAUCAGUCCAGUUCUCCCUUCACCGCCGCUGCCGCCGCCGCCGCCGCAUCAUCAUGAACGUUCGGACGGCUACCCUCCUGCUGGCGACAUGCAGCUGUUACUGUCUUCUGAAGGGAUCGGCGACGCCACUACCCGACGCUGGGCUGUUCCGUAACGCUCCGGCAGGGUCCAUAUACAGCUACUCCGUGUCUCACACCGGCAAUAGGCACGCCUCCGAUGCAGUGGGCCGCAAUGCUCCCAGGUUCUCCUUCCCUCCUCGCUGGAACCCUGCAGCAGGCUCCCGCCGCAACUUACGCCCAACCACCACCACUACUACCACACCAGCCACCACAACCACCACCACCACCACCACCACCACCACCACGACCACACCCGCACCGGAACCCGAAACUCCUGCCCCAGUGACCUUGGAGCAUGAGGCCCCCCUGCCUGACGCUCCAGCCCCUGAAGUCCUCACCAGUGAGGUCCAUGAGAGCCCUGCCACUGAUGUCCACCACUCUGAAGGCCCUAACACUGACGCCCAUCACUUCGAGGUCCAUCCCAGUGAUGUCCCUAGCCAUGAUGUCCCCCAGCCCGAGGUCUCUGCUCCCAAGUCCCAUUUCCAUUUCCUGGUUUCCGACCUUGCAGCUUUCGAGGACUUGAUUCCCUCCAUCCCCAAUCACGACCCCCGCCCCACACCGACUCGCCCCGAGGAGAACCACCACCGAGGCUCCUGAACCAGAACUCUCUUACUACCAGUACGAGGACGAACCAGUACCGGAAGAAAACUUUGUCCUGCCCACCACCACCACCACCACCUACAAGCCCCUCUCUCCCGAACAGUACAGACGGGCGCACUAUUCUUUCAGAUCAGUGUUCGAUGGGUAAGCAGCAGAGACGCAGCAUUGUCUCCUCCAGCACCUCUCUCCCCCCCCCUAAGCCUUGACCAGCCAGACUGUUGUGUGUUGUCUUUCAUGACCAGAACCUUUAUCUCAGGUGUCGCACGAGUGUUAAUGUAGCUUUUUAUACUUAAAUAAAGAAAAGACACGU